AGCCCCGCGAUGCCGUCCAACAAAUCCGUCUCUGACGCGCCCAUCGUCCAGUUCACCAACUGCCGCAUCCUGAGGAGCCACCAGCUCCAGAGGGAGGACCUGUGGGUGCGAGAGGGGAAGAUCCUCAACCCGGAGAAACUCUUUUUCGAUGAAAAGGGAUCUGCUGACAUCCAGCUGGACUGUAAGGACAGCAUCAUUGCCCCAGGCUUCAUCGACGUCCAGAUCAAUGGAGGCUUUGGGGUGGACUUCUCUCUGGCUACAGAUGACUUCAAAUCAGGGAUUGACCUGGUCAGUCAGAAAAUCCUCUCCCAUGGAGUGACAUCCUUCUGUCCCACUCUCGUGACCUCUCCUCCACCUGUGUAUCACCAGGUUCUCCCUCAGAUCAGUAUAAGAAAUGGUGGAGCCCACGGAGCAGGUAUCCUGGGGGCCCAUCUGGAAGGACCAUUCAUCAGCAAGGAGAAGAAAGGGGCACACCCAGAGCACUGCCUCCGCACCUUUGAGGCAGGUGCCUUCCAAGACCUGCUUGCCACCUAUGGGUCCCUGGACUGUGUCCGGAUAGUCACGCUGGCCCCAGAGAUGAAGAGGAGCAGUGAGGUGAUCCAGGAACUCACCAAGCGGGGCAUCUGUGUCUCGCUCGGUCACUCGGUGGCUAAUCUCUCCCAGGCUGAGGAGGCUGUGCAGCAUGGCGCAACCUUUAUCACUCACCUCUUCAAUGCCAUGUUGCCGUUCCACCAUCGUGACCCUGGGAUCGUGGGGCUGCUGACAAGUGACAAGAUUCCUCCUGGGCGGAGGGUCUUCUACGGCAUGAUCUCUGAUGGCAUCCACACCAACCCAGCCGCCCUGCGGAUUGCCCAUCGAGCCCACCCCAGAGGCCUUGUGCUAGUGACAGAUGCAAUUGCUGGCAUGGGGCUGGCACCAGGUCGGCACACGCUGGGUCAGCAGGUGGUAGAGAUCGAUGGACUGAACACCUACAUCGCAGGCACAAAGACCCUGAGCGGUAGCGUGGCGACCAUGGACACAUGUGUGCGACACUUCCAGGAAGCCACAGGGUGCUCAGUGGAGACUGCACUGGAGGCAGCAUCUCUGCAUCCUGCCCAGCUCCUGGGGAUUGAACACACAAAGGGGACACUAAAUUACGACUCUGAUGCAGAUUUCUUGAUGCUGAAUGACGGUCUGUACGUGCAAGCCACAUACAUCGCAGGAGAGGAAGUCUGGAGACAGGAUGUGUUAGGAGCCUCAUACCAAAGAGCUGUGUUUUCCAGCGCAACCGCUGCUUCCAGUUACAGCCAUGCCUGCAACAAAUUUGUUGGUGCUCAGCUGGUGGAGUGGGGAAAGCAGGCAGAUCUGUGUUGAGGGGGACUGUCAGUCCCUGGAGAGACCUGAAGGACUGCACAGCUGUCCUGCAUGGAGUCCCCAGACAGAGGUGCUCCUGUCGUCGUCUGACAGCAGUGUGAAGCUGUCCCAGCCUUUGCACUGUUUUAUACAGCACACACUAACCUGCCCCAUGCCCGAGGCAGGCUCAAGCCAUUUCCAUUCCUCUGGCUGUUGUUUGCCUCACUCCCGGGCAGCCGUGGCUGGUUAGACAUCAGCUUCCACCAGCUCAGCUCACAGCUCUUCAUGUUAAAAGGUUCCUGUUGUGUCAGCGGAAGUUGAGGAUCAUGUUCUGAUCCCCCGGCAGUCCCUCUGUCAUGUGUCCUUGGAGCAAGGCUGUCACAGCUCGCCGACCUGGUGCCAUUGUGGGGCUGUGAAUCCAUGUGGGCUGAAUCCUCAGGGCAGAGAUCAAACCCAGGAAAAAUGAGGCAUUGCUGGUCCUUUGUGCCUUUUCCCUGCAUGGGCAUUGAGUUCACAGCACGUAGUUUGAGCUGGAGACAUGGACAGCAUCCUGCCACAGAAAGCAAUGUUCCUCUUAAUGCUUUGUUCUGGCUAGAUGGGUUCUGCAGGCUCUGUGCCCAGCCAUACCUGAUAGAGCCUUUGCAUCAUCUGAGGGGUUUGUGCAUUCCUCGGGCCACAGAUGGAAGCUUUUGCUUUAGGGGAUGCAUCCAGACUGGUGGUGAUGGGCUCACAAGCCCUCAGUCCAGCUCAGGGACUGAGGGAGAAGAGAACUGCAGUGGGAUUCUGGCCUUUCAAGACAGUUGCUGAUAGCUCAUUAUUCCCAUGUUCAUUAUUAUCUUCUCCAAUACUUGACUGUCAGCUUUUUUCCUGACACUUGGACACUUCUGUGUAAAGACUGAUGCUAAUUUCAAACCUACCGCAGUCAGAAGGGCCUUGCAAUAAGUCUUAGACGACCUCUGAUAAGCCUCAAAUAAAUUAGAUGUUUUUUGUAGUGAGGGCAGCACUUAGACAAAGGCUAAGUCUUAGCAAGGGUGGAGGCUGUAAGGCAAGUCAAAUCUGAUCGGGAUUGUUAGAAAUGUGCCGAUUUUUCCAGUAACUUUUUAUAACCUUUAACAGCAACACUUGGAAGUGCUUUCCUAGCACUUUAGAGCCCUGCUGAAAUAACUGGCAGCCCUGGAGAAUUUCUAACAUCAACUGCCAAUGUCAGCAGAAACUAUAACCUCCAUGAUUUGAAGCAUUUGAAAGAGACAUCAAAUACCGUGCUGUGAAAUGUGACAUGCUACAGCACUGCAGAUCUCAGCGGGGGCGCUUCUGACUGCUGUCGAAAAAAACCCAAGGGAAAAACAUGCAUAUGAAACAAGGUGUCUAACUUUUUUUUUUUUUAAUUUGCAAAAUGAAAUAAUCAAAAGGAAAUCUAAAAU